UCUGUCGUCUCUCUCUCCUCCUCUCAGGCUCGGCUCAGAUCAUGAACCCAAUACCAGCCAAAACAUUUUUCGAGCGCUUCCACAAUACAUGGCUUCAGCAUCUCCACCUCCUCCUCAGUCAACUCUCCGCCGCUCCAAAACCCACCAGCCCUGAAGACCACCGAUACCUCAGCCAACUCGCCGACCGGGUCAUGACUCACUACGAGGACUACUACCGAAUCAAGUCCCACGCCGCCAAGCACGACGUUCUCGCCAUGUUCAGCGCCCCCUGGACUACCUCACUGGAGAGCUCCUUGCACUGGAUAGCCGGGUGGCGGCCUACCACCGUGUUCCACAUCGUCUACACCGAGUCCAGCGUCAGAUUCGAGGCCCAAAUCGUUGAUCUCCUCCGUGGCCACCGUACCGGCGACCUUGGGGAUCUGACACCACGUCAACUCACACGAGUCAGCGAGUUGCAAUGCCAGACGGUGAGGGAGGAGAACGAGAUAACCGAGGAGCUGUCCCAGUGGCAGAACAACUCGUGCGACCUCGUCUCCCCGUCCGCCAAUAUGGAGGCGAAUAUCGAACGGUUGGUGGAGGUGCUGGAGAAGGCGGACGAUCUACGGCUGAAAACGCUCCGGAGAGUUGUGGAGAUCUUGACCCCACAGCAGGCCGUCGAGUUCUUGAUCGCCACAGCCGAGGUACAGCUUGGCAUUCGUGGGUGGGGGCUAGAGAAGGACCGUAAGCGAGAGAGCAUGUGAUCGGGAUCUGAUUCCGACCUCAUAUCAUCACUUGCACUCUUUAAUCUGCAUGUUAUGGUCUUCAACUCUUCGUUCAUCUAUGGUGUAGGAGAUCAGAAUUCCAUUCGUUCACCAUUUUUCUGUAUCUGUAUGUCUCUCUCUAUCCAUCAGUGAUAGGGGGUCCCGCCUUUUUCAUAUUUCAUUCCAUCAAAGCCGUUCAUUCA